AUGGAAUCCAAGACUCCCCAACGAUGCCGUUCAAGCAGUGUCAUCCACAACCAGACGAUUAUCAGAGAGAAGAGGCCGAAACGCAGCGAGGUACUUGCCAAGAAGAAAACGGUUGAAGAACUCAUCAAAACAGCAUGUGCCCAAAAGGAUCACCUGGCACCCUUUCCAGGGUUUCGUCAUUUCCACGCCAAGGGUCUCUCUUUGUGUUUGAAGUCAGGACAUGGCAAUAAACUUACCUCACCUGUUAAGAAUUAUAUUCAGAGUCUCCUUAAGCUAAACAUGGAAGGACCUUAUGGAUCUGAGUGGCCAGAGGAAGAAAAGGUGAAGCGCAAAGAAAUGAUUUCUCCUGAAGCACAUUAUGUAUUUGUGCAUGAGGUAGCCAAUUCAAAUGCUGAUGAGACGGCAACAAUGUUGACUGCAGCAGAGACUUCAACAUGUUCUCUGGAAAAUAGUGGCCCCUUUGUUGGAUUUGUACAGUAUCGCUUUGUGUUAGAGGAAGAGAUACCAGUGCUUUAUGUGUAUGAAUUACAGCUUGAACCUCAUGUUCAGGGGAAGGGACUAGGAAAGUUUUUAAUGCAACUUAUAGAGUUUAUAGCGCAAAAGAACUGUAUGGGCGCUGUCAUGCUGACUGUUCAAAAGGCAAAUGUGUUGGCUAUGAAGAAGAGUUAUGAAAUUCUUUGUAAAGCAUUUAGUGAUGAAGCUAAAAUUAUUUUAGAGGUAAAGCACCAACUCAGGGAUCUGUCUGAUGGAGAACAGGAGUUGGUGCAGUUGGACAAAGAUGACUCAAGUUAUUAG